GAAGGGGUAGGGUGGCAUAUGAACGUGAGCGUAGGUCUAGAGAAGGUUUCAACGGGGUCGUUUACAUCCCUACGGUUGCGUGUGGUGCGGCGUUCUAGAUCUGCCUCGUUUUUGGGCGUCUCCAGUGAGAGAUACAGGGACAUUCAUGUCACUCUGAAAUUUUGAAGCAAGUAGCUGUCUCUCUCCAACUCCAUCUGCGUCUGUAGCCUGCACGGACGACGCCCCUCGCAAACCCUAUUUCUCCCGUGGCAUCUCUUUAGCAUCCCUUGAUCCCCCCUCCUCUCUCUCUCUCUCAGACUAUUCCCUUCUCUCUGUGUCGGUCGGACCCGCUGAUUAGGUCAUCGAAGAAGAAGAUAGGAUUAUACAUUUUCUAAGACCUAGAGUUUGUUCAAAAGUAACGGUUACUAAAGAGCAACAUAUGGGAAUUAGGGUGUAAUGAUCUAAGGUUAAUGUGAUGUCUUCAACAUGCAAACACAACCACCAGCAGCUUUGGAUAUUAAAGCUUCUCCGUCAGAGAAUCACAUGAUUAAGUAUGGAGAUUCGGGUGUUCCUUUAUCCUCUCCAAAAGACAUUGAUUCUCAAAUGCCUGGUCUGUCUCCCAAUUUAAAAAGACAAACACGACAAUGGGCGGCAUGGACACGUCAAGAAGAGGAAAAUUUUUUCAAUGCAUUACGACUAGUUGGCAAGAAUUUUGACAAGAUCACAUGCCGUGUACAGAGCAAAAACAAAGAUCAGGUCAGACAUUAUUACUACCGUCUCGUAAGACGCAUGAACAAGCUGUUGGGUCCUGGAUUUAGCCUCGAUACUAAAAAUACCAAAGAUACUAUUUCCGCAAUGCUUCGCUGGUGGUCUUUGCUUGAAAAAUAUAGUUGCACUUCAUCGAAGCUCCGUUUAAAGCCUCGGAGGUUUAAGAUAUUCGUGGAGGCUUUGGAGCACCAACUUUUGAAGGAUCGCAAGAAGACUCAGAAGAAACGACCUUCUCUGGGAGAAAAUUGUCCAUCAACACCUUCAACAGCUGUUCCACUUCUUAAUAAAGCAGAGGGAAAUGAUGCACAUGCAGUGAAACUGCUCAUUGUUGAUGGCCAGAACAUUCAAAAGGUAGGAUCUGGAAAAGCAGCUUCAUUGAAGCGCAGUGUGAGUAUGAAUAUCAGUUGCAACAAAAGUGACUUAUCUUCUAUGAAAACUUCAAGGCAACGACGGAGAACAGGUUCCAUGUCAUCUUCUGCAUACAAAAGAUGGGAAAAGGCAGCAAUUGCUGGGGUUUCUUUGGUUGCGGAUGCUGCUGAGCAGUUGGAGAGGACAACGACUGACAAACGGGUUUGCACGGAUGAUGGAACUCUGAAUGUCAACCCUUAUGAGCCAUUACCUCCAAACAGGCAAAAUGUUGCACAUUCCUUGCCCUCCUCAACAUCCGAGAGGGUGUUUUCACAGAAUCCAGUUACAGAAACAAGUUUGCGAGCCUCCAUGAAACUUAAGCUCCAGUUGUUCCCAAUAGACGAAGUCACUCGUAGAGCAUUGGAAAAGGAUGAACUUAAUCCUCACUUGGAGCUCACUUUAAGUUCUCGGAAAAAGAUUACAUCAGUUUUAGAGCACCUCAGUCACAAAUGGGGAAAUUCAAGCAUAGCAUCAGGGGAACUCAUGCUUUUCCCGUACAACAUUCACCAAGAAAGCGUGGCGGCCAGUUAUCAAAGGUGGACUCUGAAUGACACUACUUCCAGUGCAGCUGAUGUGUAUGCAACAAUUGGAAGCCCUGCAGUUUUCCGCUUAAGGUAUGGUUGGGUCUCCAAUCCGGAACUUCAGUCACGGUCCUCUGGAGUGCCUUCUACAUCUGAAAGCAUUCAAGAAGGGCAAACAUCCAUUAAUGCCCCUGAUGGAAAGGUGAUGAAUGUGGAUGCAACAUUAAGAAAUUCACCAAUCAGUCGGCCCUUGUUUCCUGAUUCACGUGAUAAUAUGAAACGGGAACUUGCCAUGGAUCUUGAGAGCAACCUUCCGGUGUCCUCAGAGCAUACAGAUACCGCAUCCUUGCUCAGAGAAGACAACAGAGAUGGAGUUACAAGGAAACAAUUUGAAGAUGUGGACAAUAUGAGAAUGAGCAAUGGUGCAACAUUGUCAGCUGGGGAAUGGGCUGAUAGCUUAACCAACAUAAGCAUUGGUGAUUUAUUGUCAGAAGCUUCUAGAGGCAUGGAUGCCAAUUGUUUUGACCCACCUGCUAUGAGGAGUUCCCUUUGUCAUAAUCAGAUCCCAUUCAGCUGUGAUUCAUUUGAUGCUGCCAUUGCUGCCCAUCUAUCGGGUCCGCAGGACAUCCCAAUCCUAUCCACUCAGGUGUCCCAUGCUUCCAUCUGGGAUGCCGAAGAAACAUGCGAUGCAUUUUCCUUUCAAAAGGUUUCUCUGAGUCGAGAAGUUUCAAGCCCAUCGCUAAGCUCUUCUUUGGGGACAUCCAGAGAGAUCGCUCAUUCAGAUUCGUUGGGGUUCCAUGGCUUGGUUGAGGAGUUCACUCAAAUUGGGCCUCCAGAGGAUCCUGCCUGUGAGAAUGAUCGAAAGGCUAAUUGUCAGUCUGAUGCACAGAGCCGAGGUGAUUCCACAAAGGAUCUCCCUCUCACCGACAUAUAUUGGCCGGAUUCUUUAGGACCGUUAGACUUGGACAUAUCUCCCUCUAGAUACCAGGCCCAAGAUCUGAUUCUUGGAGAAAGUAUAAGCCUCAGCGGCUUGAAUCGGUUGAUAGCCAGCAGUCUAGAUGCAUUCCAGAAUUGUUCAUUCUUUGGCUCAGACAAGAAAGAAUCAUCAACAAGUGAAGCUUGAGCCGGCGUGUGAGACUAUUGCAUUAGUAAUACCAUAGUUGGAGCAGGACCUGUCGACUCUCUGGUGAAAGGCUCCAGAAGAGAAACGGUGACUCAUAUUGGCAAUCGGCGCAUGUUGACUAUUGGUGGAUAGAGAUCAACCAUUCUCAAUGCUGUAUCCAAAACAGGUUGGUGCAAAAAGCCAAAAACAGGUUGAAGUUUUGGCGAUGUGAUGAUUUCUGUGAUGAAGAAUCUGACCCUUCGUGUACAAAAGACUAACAAGCAUAUUGUCUGCAUAGAUUUAUUGUAUCCGUCAAAUCCUCAUCAGCUGAUAAUUGAGGGCCAAAAUGAUAGAAAAAACAAUAAAGGUACUAAUAAAAUCGUAAAUAGACUUGGAAUCA